UAGGGAGGAGAUGAGUGUCCACAGUGCGCAUGUGUAGACGGCGAUCUGUGCUGCGGUGGAACAGGGGCUGGAGACACACAACUAGAGAGAUGGCGCGGCACCCGACCGGAGCGCAAGGACAGCUGGUUGGCGGUGGGGGGGCUUGAAUUAUAAAGAGAAUCAGAAAAAAAAUAUAUAAAACAAUAAUAAAAAAAAUAAUAAUAAUUUUAAAAAAAUCAAGAAAAAAGGCGGAUUCGGGAAAGGGAGUUUUCUAUUCUGCAAAAGAGCGUCAGAGGUAGGACAAUAAUCAAAUAGGUGAACGUAAGGACAGAGAAGAGGCAAUAGCAAAGGAGGCUACUGCAAGAACAGGGGGAAAGGGGGCAACAAAAGAAAAUUGAACUUUCCUGGACGUGAGGACUUCUGGACAUCAGCUAACCGCGGCAGGUCAGAUAGAUGGUUUGUCCACAGCGCUGCCCGGAUCAUGAACGCACAGCUGUCGAUGGAGAAUAUUGGCGACCUGCACGGAGUGAGCCAUGAGUCGGUGGCCGGUCACGGAGAGCUGCUGAGCGGCCACAGUCCGCAUUCCCGUCCGAGCCCCCGGGGUCUGAGCCACCGAGCUAUGGGCAUGGCGACCCUGCUGGACAGCGGAGACUAUCACCCCGGUCACCCCGGACACCUGCAUCCAGCCAUCAGCAUGUGCGAAGCCCCCCCUGGCAUGAGUGCGAGCAGCACUUACACUACCCUAACUCCCCUGCAGCCCUUACCCCCCAUCUCCACCGUGUCCGACAAGUUUCCUCCCCAUCAUCACCACCACCAUCCCCACCAUCCGCACCACCAUCCCCACCAGAGGAUCCCCGGAAAUGUCAGUGGCAGUUUCACGUUGAUGCGCGAGGACCGGAGUCUGGCGCCCAUGAACAGUCUGUAUCCCGCAUAUCAUCACAAAGAUCCCUGCAUGGGCCAGAGCCUCUCCCCGUUGUCUGGUUCCGGUCUGGCCAGCAUACACACGUCCCAGGCCGGCAUCCCCCCCUACGCCCAUCCCGGUGCCGCCAUGCCUGGGGAGAAGAUGCUCACCCCCAGCGGGUUUGAGGCUCACCAUCCGGCCAUGCUCGGCAGACACGCGGAGCAGCACAUGAGCUCCUCGGCGGGCAUGGUACAAAUCAACGGCCUCCACCACCACCCGCACGCCCACCUUGGCGCGCAGGGGCACGGCCAGGGGCUGGGGAACAGCCGGGAGCAGGCCUCCGGGCCCGGGCAGCAAGGGGGCGGCGGUGGAGGGGGUGGCGUUUCUGGGGGACAGAUGGAGGAGGUGAAUACCAAAGAGGUGGCGCAGAGGAUCACCACGGAGCUGAAGCGCUACAGCAUCCCUCAGGCCAUCUUUGCCCAGCGGGUCCUGUGCAGGUCCCAGGGGACCCUGUCCGACCUGCUGAGAAACCCCAAACCCUGGUCAAAGCUCAAGUCCGGCAGAGAGACCUUCCGCCGCAUGUGGAAAUGGCUGCAGGAGCCUGAGUUCCAACGCAUGAGUGCGCUCAGGCUCGCAGGUGAGCGAAGCCUCGCAUGCAAGCGCAAGGAACAAGACCACGGCCGAAGCGAACGGGGGAGCGUGACCAAGAAGCCCAGGCUGGUGUUCACGGAUGUGCAGCGGCGGACGCUCCACGCCAUCUUCAAGGAGAACAAGCGUCCGUCCAAAGAGCUCCAGCUCACCAUCGCCCAGCAGCUGGGCCUCGAGCUGGCCACAGUCAGCAACUUCUUUAUGAACGCACGCCGGCGGAGCCUAGACAAAUGGGUGGACGACGGCUCUGGUCACCCAGCCAACUCCGGGCCCAACGCCUGCACCAAAGCCUGAAGACGGACUGAAUUGACCAACUCAUGUACUGACUCAACCUCGGUGGAAAAGCUUUAAAACUUAAGAGAAACAAAGAAAAACUUAAAAAAGACCUUGAAGCAACGUUUUGCCCUUAAACCUGUACUAUAUUGAUAUUUAUAGUAUCCAAAGAUGAAAAAACAAACCAAAGACUUCUUGUUUGACCUGCUUUAAAAUGUUUGUUUCAGCAACACAUCUAUGUGUAACAUACUGCAAAAAGACUAUAGUUUUACUCCCCCUCACACACACACUGUCACUGGUCUCUAGCUUUACUACACCCCCUCCUCCCCCCUGCCCACCCAGUAUCAAUCUAUCAUUCGCCAUCCUUAUCUUUAAUCUGAUUGGUUGGUUUUAAUGAUGGGUCCCUAAAUGGAGGUUUAAUCAGCCUAUUGGCAGUCUGACCUGCAGCUGUCCACACCCUUGAAAAACAGCCAGAACGUGGAGCUCCUGGUGGGAUUGGCCAAUCAACUUUAAAGGAAAAAAAAAAUCCUACUGGAGCAACCUGGAUUGUUGUGCAACCUUGUUUGGAUUGGUGGACUUGUCUGUCUGUUUGUCCGUCUGUCCAGCUGUCUGUCUUUCUAUCAAGCAUCCCAGACAGACAGAAAAAUGUCCAUGUGUAGCCUGCUAACCCAAAACCAAACCAAACCAAACCAAACCAAAAAAAAAAAAUCCCUAACCUCAACCCACAUGGUAGUGCUUUCUUCCAACAUGCUGAAGCGUUGAAUACUUUUUAAGAGAUACCAAAGCCUUCUACACCCGGAAGCCUCCCACGCAUCUUAGAAGUAAAACCGCUUGAGAACGUGCUAUGACAUAAUUUGACCAAAGAGUAUAUUUUGAAUAAUCUUUAGAGUAGUUUUACCUCAUCUCCUCCCUUACCUCCUGAGACAGACUGUUAGUUAAAUGCCACAAAGAAGAGAAUGUAACCUCUCGUGGUCCAUCCAACAUUUUGAGUCACGCUUACGACUGCGCCCCCUGCUAAUGGAAAUAUUAUAUGACAUUAAUCUGAAAAUGAACUAUUGAUAUUUGCCUUAGAGAUGCCUUCUUGAAUCGAACAGAUUAUUCCAGUUUUAACGUCUCAAUCAGUCUACUGAAUGUUACUGUAAAUGCUCAUCGUGAGGAUGAGUCAUUACAGAUACGUCCUAUCCUGUAAGACAAAUCCAUUCUCGGGUGUUUUCUCCGCAGAUGGGAAAUCACGAGACGCCGUGUGUCUUUAAACUGUACGAGGGAGACGGACACUUCAUGCUGUGUCACCGCUUUAAUCACGAGCACUGAGCGCCGCUCCAUCGUCCCCCGCGCGCUUUAUACGUGUCUGAUUUUAUCUCCUCGUGAAUAGAUGUCGGGCAGAGGAGAUGAUAUCAACGAUCAAAUCACUUUCCGGCACUUACACGGCAAUGUCAGCUCAUCACCUGAAUAUGAAAGCACCCCCCCUCCCCUCCCCUCACCCUCACCCCCACCCCUUCCUGCCUCCGCGCUCCUGGUAAGCUAUGCAUUUCAGCACUAGGAGGAAAGCACUACACAGGGCUGGCCCGCGGGGCAGCACAACAUUAGAUAUACUACGCUGGCCCCUUCGCCGUCAUCCUCCUCGUGGCCAGGGGUUAGCAGCUCUGCGUUCGCCCAGAACAAGAAAAAGAGGCGAGAGGGAGCUGCUUCUUCAUCUCCGAGAGAAAAAAACCAAAAAGACGACAAGAAACAAACAAACAAACAAACAAACAAAAAAAAACGUGUCAAGACCUGCUGAUGUUUUAUAGUGUGAACCAAAGAUGCUACCUCACUCAAGUUCCAUACGUGAUUUCUAUCACUUUGAUGAUACCAAAGAUAACCAAAGAUUUUUUCUCAUUGCACGGCCUCUACGAGUGGUGUCAAAAGAUGUGUGAUGUAUGUGUCCCCCUAACCCUCCCCUUACCCACCCGUCCUCUCUCUUUCUCCCUAUCCUUUCUUCUCCCCUUUCUCCCCCUCCCACCUGCACUCAACCCAUGCACCCCCUGCUAUGCGUGCUCUUGCUUCAUCUGUGCUCUGAUUACAGCUCCAUAGAUAGUCAUGCUGAUGUAGCUUUAGGCAGAUGUGCUGAUCUGGCCUUAGAUACACACAGCCGGCCGUGCAGGUGCCUGCGGGGUUCAGAUAAAUUGCGAGUAAUGUGAUCGGUCUUUGUGCUCGUUAACAGCAGAGAUACGUUCGUUAAUGCCGCUCUUCUUUGGAGAGAAAAAAAAAAGUAAAAUCUAAAAAGAAAUCCAUGAAAGCCAACAAAUAUUCUUGAAUCGUUUCCAAAUCUGUGUGAAUUUGAUGUCCCCCUCCCCCCCUUCGGCCCUGCCUCUCAGUGUGUAUCUAUCGGCCGAAAACACCGAUCCAACGAACAGGUCAGACAUCUUCACAUGACAACAGGCGGACAGCCUGACAUAGCCAUGGGCAGAAUUGUUGACUCAACUAUAGGCAGACAUGUUCCUGAAAGUAGAAGCAGACGUGUUGCAAUCUUUCUAAAACUCCCAGGACGAGUGCCUUGCUUGAACCAAAGUGUUAAACCGCUGUUGACCUCUCACCUUUGACUCUGUGAAUACCUCAGCCUGUAGAAGGGCCACUGCUGAAGAAACAAGGAAAAGGUUUUUUUUAAAUCACACCGUGGUGCUUUCGCCAGCGCAACCAUGCAAUGAAAACAUACCAAAGGAAUUUUCUUUUCUUUUCUUUUCUUUUUUUUUUUGUGUUGUCCACCUCUACAGAUUAAACCAAAGGUCUUUGUUUCUCCUCUCUCCCGACUCUGACCCCUCCAUCCCUCUUCCCUCUCCCCACCUCUCUCUCUCUCUCUCUGUCUGUCUGUCUGUCUGUCUCUGCUGUGUGUAAGAAGGUCCAGCACUCUGGCCGUGCAUGUCUUUACCAAUGUCUCUGAAUACCUCAUAGUAAUAAUUCCUUUGAGUUCUGCAUUGAGACGUCUAUCUGUGAGUAAGGCAGAACUCCACUCGUGUGGUAUUUGUUAUUGUUACUUCAAAAAGCUGUAUGAUUAUCUAUUUUGAAGCUGUUGUCUGUUGUUUUUUUUUCUUUCUUCUUUUUGGCAGAAGUGCUCUGUUUCAAGUCACGGAGGACGAGUUUCAGGGUUGAUGUACGAAACUUAAGGGAUGGAGGGAGAAGCGUAUUUUUUAUCAGACAUUGGGUUAUGCCAAUAUUAUGAUGGUAGACUAUUGCUUUUACAGGGUAAAACCAACUGCUGUGAUAUUGUGUUCAUAUUAUCCCUUUUUCUCUACUUCUGUGUUGUGAUUUUAAUUUAAUUGCAUUUUUGUAUUGGUUACCCACUGCUUUAAUUUAUGCAUUUGUAGAAAGUUCUAGAUUUGUACAUAGUAGGUUUUUUGGAGAAAAAAAAAGAAACAAAAAAGAGCGUUUAUGUUACAGCCUUAUUUCCCACGCUUAGAUAUGACAAAGGAGUAGUUUUUAUUCUUCUUCAGCUGAAUCCUAGCCGGCAUUUCAACGUGUGUUUUAAACACUGCCAGAAACCCAGACAGAUGUUUUGCCAGCGCAGACAAAGUCAUACAGGAGCUACUUUGUCGAACGGCUGGCAAAAAAGCAGUGUGUACGUGUGCGUGUGUUUUUUUUGUAUUCUUUUGACUUUUUCAAAAAAAAAAAUGUUAUUUUAUGGGUAUUACUGCACAUCCAAAGAUUUUUAAAACAAACCAAAAAUUGGAAAAAAAAAAAUAUGUAUAAUGUUGAAAAGCACUGGCAUUUGUGAGGUAGACUUGUUGAGUUUUGAUUUGCCAUUCGCACGGGUAUAGAAUGUAGAAGGCGUAGGGCUAUGUAGGCAAGCUUACUCUACCAUGUGGGGAAUCUCCUGUUCAAUGUACAAUCUGAAGCAUUUGAAACGAGGGCUUCAAGCCCCGCUCACUUUGCUGUCUCAUGCACUGAGUGAGGUGGAGUUGAGGUUGGGCAGCCGGUCUGCCAGGGGCUGCGCCGCGGAGCUGGGUCUGUUUUUAUUGCCGUGGCGCCGCCGCCUUGCUCCAUCUAGUAUCUGUUCUUUUGGUACGUACUCGUGUAAUGACCAUAAGCAAAGUCUAAUAAAACUGCAAAGAACCUUACCAAGGAAUCCGUGUGUGUGAGUGUGUACGGGGACGAUCACUUGGGUUGCUCGUCUCCUUCUCCGUCUGCGGACGCGCCACUCAGAUGUCAAGUGCUGCUGAGGCGUGCGAGUUUGACUGAAUGUGUGCUCGUUUGCAUGCGUCUCUUUAGUGUGUUCUUGUAAAAACGUGUUUUCGUGCUGCGUAUUGUCGAGCUGUUUGCCGGUGCGUAUGCAUGUCCGUGGCUGAUUGCUGCAUAUCCCAACAGGAGGCCUCGGGGUUGAUCGGAGGCCCCGCUGUUAGUACUGUUUCCUUCUGUCAUGCUCAGACAACGCAGAGUCUCCACAGGCCCAAGGUCGUCACCGAAACGUCCAUGACAGAUUUAAUCAGGGUGUUAUGCAGUCGUAACGUCAUGUAGGAUGGAGAGUGUGGAAGUUCCUCUGCAAAGUUCAGGCUCUUGCCUUUCAGUGACAAAGGCCUGAUUUAAUGAAGGAGUUGGAUGAUGCAGUGUGGACCUACGUUUUCCUGUCUUCGCAUUAUCUGUUAUUUAAUUUGUUCAUAAGGAGUUCCCAUGUGAUGGGUAGCUUGGCUACAAGUCUCAUAACAAUACUGCAGCGCCUAAGACAAUCAUCUGGAUCUCUAACACUGGGGAACUAGUUUCUCGCCCGCAGAGGGGUGUCCUCCAGCUAUUCAUACACAAAGAUGCUUGAAGGGUUUUGAUAAACAAGCAUAUUUGUUGUCAUAGACAUUUAGGAACAGAUUACAGUAGAAGUUCAUUUUGCACUCGCAUUUCAAAAUGAAAUCUCAUUGCUCUUGUCAGCCUUGUGCUCUUACCAACCUUGUUAUCUAUUUCUUUUGAUUUCCUUCUCAAUUCACAAUGCUUCUUCUUCAGUUUUCAGUCUGCUGUGUGCGUGUGUGCGGGCGAAUGUGCGUGCGUGUGUUUGUGUGUGCGUGCGUUUGGGCCAGAGAGGGAAUACUGUUAGUGUUACUCUCAGAUGUAUAACUCCACGUCUCAUGACUUGAUUUGUCAUUGCUGUUUCCCAGGCUUUGCUACUGCUUUCUCAGUGCCGUGCAAUAUCAUCUGUUGUGAUUGCUAAGCAAAUGAUAAAAAAAAAAGAAAGAAAAUUGAGAAGCAAGUGAUGAUGUCAUCCAGCUUUUUUCAGUGUUCAAAUGUUUCAACAUUUCUGUAGUCACAAAAAGUAGAAAAUAAACUGUUGGUAUUUCCAGCUUCUGAA